AUGACCUCGGGCCAGCGUGCGCGAAGGGGGCAAGCGCGCGUGGGGGCACUUCCUCGAAGGACGCGUCGCGGCGGGCGGAUCGUCGAAGACGACUCGGACGAGGACAGGACGCCCGCCGCCGCCCUCCGCGUGCGCGGCGUCGUCAUCGAGGUCGGCGCCGGCUCGGGCAUGUGGGUGAACAUGUUCGCCAAGGUUGGAGGCGUCCGGAGGGUCUUUGGCGUCGAGCCGAACGCCGCAUCGCAGUCCGCGCUGCGCCGGCGCGUCCAGGAGGCCGGGCUCGACGGCGUCUACGAGGUCGUGCCCGUUGGUAUCGAGGAGCUCGGGGAUGCGAGCCGGUGGGAUGGCAAGAUUGAGCCCGAGAGCGUCGACUGCAUCGUCUCGAUUCUGUGCCUCUGCAGUAUCCCCGACCAGGAGGCCAACAUUGCCACUCUCUACGGCUACCUGAAGAAGGGCGGCCGUUGGUAUGUUUACGAGCAUGUGCAGGCCAAAAGCAACCUGUUCAUGAAGCUCUAUCAGCGUAGGUCUCUCUCCCCGGCCCCUCGCUCUACGCAUUUCUUCGCCCGCCUUUCACCGUGGACUAUUUUCCCCUUCGACUGCCCGCUGACAACGUUACCAGGCUUUGUCAACCUCUUCUGGCCGCAUGUGAUUGGUGGCUGCGAGCUUUGCCGGGACACCGAGACGGCGCUCAGGAACGCCGGCGAGUGGCAGAGUUUCGAACUGGCCCAGCCCCCGGAGGAGCCGUGGUAUCACACUCUGCCGCACAUCUUUGGCGUGCUGACCAAGUAG